GAAAUUCCAGUGAUUCAGAAGAAGAUGAUGACCGGAGUACCAGCAGCGUAGAAAAUCAGGCCAUCCCAAACUCUCACAGGGUGCCAGAUUCCAAAUCGCAUCCACCACACAUCAAAAUAGAUAUCAUCAGGAAAGUGCAAGCCAAAAACACACAGCGCUAUAAAGUGGAGUAUGAUUCGCAGAGUACGGACACACUGAAUUUCUCUUCUGAAUCCAAACAAGAAACUGAAUAUGGUCCCUGUCGUAGAGAGAUGGAAGACACUUUAAACCACCUAAAGAUCCUGAAUGUCUUGAGUCCCAGGGGUUUUCAUAUUCCAAAUUGUGACAAGAAGGGGUUCUACAAGAAAAAGCAAUGUCGCCCAUCCAAAGGCCGAAAGAGAGGUUACUGCUGGUGCGUGGAUAAAUAUGGACAGCCACUUCCCGGGUAUGAUGGGAAGGGAAAAGGAGAUGUCCACUGUUAUAACUUGGAAAGCAAGUGA